AUGAUUGAAGUACUAGUAAACGAUCGUCUUGGAAAAAAAGUCAAUGUAAAAUGUUUAAGCGAAGAUACUGUUGGUGAUUUUAAGAAGGUAUUGAGUGUACAAUUGGGGACUGCGUCAGCAUCCAAGAUUGUGCUACAAAAAGGUGGUAGCGUAUUGAAAGAUCACAUAACUUUAGAAGAUUAUGAAGUUCACGACGGAACUAAUUUGGAGUUGUAUUAUGUGUAA